GGCUCAGCUCUAUAUCAGCAGGCCUUUAGUCGGGAUCCAUGGAGUCAUGGCGCUUGCUAUGGCUCCUGGUGCCCGUGUUCGCAGGUCCCGUGAUGCGCCGUGAUGGGCAGCCGGCGGCUUCCAACCACUCGCAUGCCAGGCCAUCGAGUCUUCUUCAGCUGGCAUCGGGGGUGCAGCCAUGCGGGAUCAGGGCCAACCAGCACUGCGAGGAGCCGAGAUCCAAGGGAACGCCCCGUGCAGCCGUGUACACGUACAACCUCGGGGGCUAUGAAGAGCCGCGUGGCUUUCAGGUGCCAUGCGUUCCUCCUGAUGUGGAUGCCUUCCUUUUUUUGGACGAGGUCACCCAAAGGAAGGCUCCCAAGGCAGCGCUGGAUCGCUGGAAGGGCCAAGGCUGGCAGCUGAAGCUGCUGCCGCUGCAGCGGGGCACCCGCUAUGUGUCUUCAGAACGCUUGACCUCGAAGUCCCUGAAGUUCACUCCACCCAGCUGGCUGACCGCCAGCUAUGACUGGCUCAUCGGCUACGACCAUGACAUGACGAUCAACCUGCACCGACUCACCGACUUUCUUCGUGAACAUGAUGACAAGCCGCUGCUGAUGCUGAAGUGGUACUGGCGUCCUUGCGAAGAUGCCUUUGACUGCAUGCUUUGGGAGAUCAACGACAUGCUAACAAAAAGACCGGAAUAUGUGAAGUCCUCCCGGCGCAAUGUUCAACACUGGAAGGAGCUCAUGACGACUCUGCACUCUGCAGCAGCUCCAUUCUCUCCGCCGCACUACUAUGAGAGCUGCAUCAUCUUCCGCAACCUCAAGCAUGAGCGGGCAGAUGCGGUGAAGACUGCCUUUGAGAGAACUUACAACAUGACCCAUGACAUCCAGCGAGACCAGUUCUUGCUUCCCUACUAUUUGUGGCGCGAGGCGCUUAGCCCGCAGCUGCAAGCGCUGCACCUGUCCGACCUGCAAGAGAAGCUGGACUUUUGCAGCGUGCCCACGAAGCGGAAGCGCAACUGAGCACGAGAGGGCUCUCAUCGUGGCACUGUCCUCGGGGCAGGAGCAAUCACCACCCGGAACCCCGCCGCAAGUUGCACCUCUGCGUCUCUGGGAUAAGCUGAGGCCCGCGCAAUGCGUGAGACAGAUCAGUACUGCGUUCGCGAGAGAGGCCGUGGGGCUCGGCUCAGGCCGCCUCUUUCGCAUGCACUUGAGAUCUUACGGGCUUUGGGGCCAGAGCAUCCAAGGGGAAGCUGUCAAACAGCUUGCCCGCUGGUCUGGCGCACGUAUUCGGGUCUCGCGCAAGGGGUCAAAAGCUGCAAGGGGUCAAGCUUGCUCGAUGC